UUUACUCGUUUUGCUCCUCUACUCUGUCCAAACCCCAGCUCUCAAAUGGCCAUGUACACCGCGCUACGCCGUGCUUCCUCCGCCGUGAUCCCCCUGGCUCUCCGCCGUACUACGGCGCCAUCCUCUUCCAGAACCUUCCACAGCGUUCUCUCUGCUGGCGUCUUGCUCAGCGGACAGACAGCCACUCGUACUGUUGUAGCUCCUUCUCUUCGCGUCGCUAACAGCUUUGCGACGAAAACAAGUGCCGAUGAAAACCUCGUUCAAGUCCUUGAAUCUGAGAUCAAAUGCGCCUACGAUGAUAACCAAUCACAGCAUGUUGAAAUCCCGGAUGAUUUUCCUUUUGAAAUCGAAGACAAUCCUGGAGAAAGAACCAUACAACUUAAGAGACAAUACCAAGAUGAAACUAUUAAGGUUCAAGUAGACAUCCCUAAUGUAGCACUCGAGGGAAACGAGGAGGAUGAUGAUGAAGGAGAGAAGAGUAGUGAAUCUAGCAUUCCUUUAGUUGUGAGUGUCUUCAAAGGAAAUGGAGUGUGUCUCGAGUUUGGAGUGACGGCUUUCCCUGAUGAGAUUACCAUUGAUAGCUUGUCAGUGAAGAAUGUCAAUGAAUCUGAGGACCAGCUUGCAUACGAGGGACCAGAAUUCACUGAUUUGGAUGAAAAUCUGCAAAAGGCUUUUCACAAGUAUCUUGAGAUCCGGGGAAUCAAGCCCAGCACAACAAAUUUCUUGCAGGAAUACAUGUUUAGUAAAGACAACAAGGAAUACUUGGGGUGGCUGAAGAACCUUAAGAACUUUGUUGAGCAAUGAUUUUAGAAAUGGGUUACUGUUUAAAGGGCAAUCAAAAGGUGAUAGAUCCCUUUGUUAAAUUUAGAUGGAACAUUAGCAUGUUUCUUCGUGUAUCAUGAUGGGAUGAGAAGUACUGCAGAUUACUGGACUAAUAAUUUUGAUAGACCUUAUUAUUGGUCACCAUUGUUAUUAUACUUAAAAUUUCACCCUUAAAUGAAAUAGUAUAUGGGUGGUUCCCCCAUUUGUUAUCU